UCGUUCAGCGCUGAGUUCCUCUGCUGUUUAAAAGGCUUCCAGCUAUGCGUUUCCCGACAUGGAUCUCAGCUUUCUGCGCCCUUCAGCAGCGACGUUUUCGCCCUUUUCAUUAAUAUCUACGUCUGUAGUCCACGUGAGACCUUUAUUAGUAUAUAUAAACUUUAAUGCUGAUGAUAUUUCCUGUUUUAAUUUCCAGUUGAGCGGGUGCGUAAAACGGCUCCAUCAAACUCCCCAAGCGCUUUUUUGUGUUAUUAUAAUAAUGAUACAUUUUCAAUGCGAGCAGCGUUUUAUAAAAGAAAAACAUAUUUUUAAGUUCUGAGUCUUUUUUGGACUGCCUUGCAGCGUUAACUAACAUAUGGCAUAAAGAGGAGCACAGCUGGAGGUAGCGUUUCCAUUGCGGUGAUGUCAGAGCAGCUGACUCCACAGCUUGCAGUGCAAUUAGCAAACAGAGCACCAGUUUACUCACUCUGCGAGGUCCUUUUUUCCUUCCUCCUCCGGCCGGACCGGUACUAUCACCGAGCCCCGGUCCCACUGCUUGUCCUGUAAACAGCGCUGUUUGGUGUGUGUUUGGAGGAGCGCCGGUGCGUCACUUUUCGCGCAGGAACCCAAUUCGGGCUCAUCUUUUUGAGGAGAGGGGAUCCGCUGGACGCCGUGGUCCAUGGGUUAUGAAGGAAGAAUGGAGUUCCCAGACCAUAGCCGCCAGUUGCUGCAGUGUCUGAGUCAGCAGCGUCACCAAGGUUUCCUCUGUGACUGCACUGUUCUUGUCGGAGAGGCUCGAUUCAAAGCGCACAGAGCCGUGCUGGCCUCCUGCAGCAUGUACUUCCAUCUCUUCUACCGGGAUCAGCUGGACAAAAGGGACGUUGUGCAUCUCAACAGUGACAUUGUGACAGCCCCGGCUUUCAGUCUGCUUCUUGAAUUUAUGUAUGAGGGGAAGCUGGAAUUCAGCGCUCUGCCUGUGGAGGAUGUCCUGGCAGCAGCUAGUUACCUCCACAUGUACGACAUCGUGAAAGUGUGCAAAGGUAAGCUUAAAGACAAGGAACUCUCUGCCCUGGAUGAAAAGAUCGCGGAGCGUUUGGGACUCGGCUGCAUGGACAGGGAGAAUUCCUCGGAUGGGGAGCAGCACAGUAAGCAGCUCAUCCAGCGACAGCUCCAGAUACAGUCUCACGGGCUUCCCAGGGCCCCCCCUGUGGAAGAGUUUGACAUGGACAACAGAGAAGUCAAGCUGGCUGUCACAGAUUGUGAUAGGUCUACGCAGAGCAGGCAGAAGGCGAACGGUCACUCUGGCAGGUCCCCGGACCUUGUAGGUGUCAAUUAUGUGUCAGCAGAGGCCGAGCCCUGCGUCCAAACAGCUGGAAAAACAAAAGCUGAUGUCAGUAGUUCCACCGUAUUGCUGUCCCUGAGGUCCCGGGCUUCAGAUGACAUGGACUGUGCUCUGGAUUUGUCUUUCAAGCCUCUGUCUAGCAGAGAUCCCUUACACCCCUCCUACGUCUCGGGACAGCUGGCCCUCGACAGCCAGCAGCAGGGCACUGAGCCACUUGUUAAAGACGAACACAACUUGCUGUCAGAGCAGGAGGACAGUGAGCCGAUGAGCCCUGAGAGCCAGCGCUUUGGGAAUAGUGCCAGGAGCUCAGUGGUGACAGGGUUCGCUGCCCUCUUCCCAGGCAACAACGGCGCUACAGCCGCCCUGCUCUCCCAGGAGGAGGACCUGAUGGACGAGGAGGGGGAGGCCUACAGGAGGAGGGAGGGUGCUCCAGGCAGGGAGGUAGACAGGAGGGGUAGGCUGCUGGGGGACAGCGAGGAAGAGGAGGAGGAUGACCUGGCCUCCUCAGACAUCUCCACCUCCAGCGGGGUGCUCCUGGCCCCGGGACAACAGGUGUGCGUGUGCCCUCUCUGCAGCAAAGUCUUCCCCAGCCCUCACGUGCUGCAGCUGCACCUCAGCUCACACUUCAGAGAGAAGGACGGCCCUCGCUCCAAGCUGUCCCCCGAUGGCUCUGUCCCCACGUGCAUGCAGUGCAACAAGACCUUCUCGUGCAUGUACACCCUCAAGCGCCAUGAGCGCACGCACUCUGGCGAGAAGCCAUUCACCUGUGGCCAGUGCGGCAAGAGCUUCCAGUACUCCCAUAACUUGAGUCGGCACGCUGUGGUGCAUACGCGCGAGAAGCCUCACGCCUGCAAGUGGUGCGAGCGGCGCUUCACUCAGUCCGGUGACCUUUACCGCCACAUCAGGAAGUUUCACUGUGGCCUUGUGAAGACGCUCGCCAUCGGAUGAAACGCCUCUCACCAGUGCCACAAGAUCGAAUGUCUUUUCUACACUGAAUUCUACUACUGAACCGUUUUUGCUGUUACUGUACACAUGUUGGGAGAUUGAAUGGAGACGUCAUGUGGAUUCUACCCCCCCAUGAGGCAUUUGUCACGUCUAAAGGUGUUGCAACGUUAAAACUGGAGCUGCUUCCUGUGCUGGACUGCGUCGUAGCCUCUAAACGAUUAGAGGAGUUGCUGGAUCUGUGUCACUAACAAAUCAGAUGAUGCACUUGAUUGUUUUCUGUCUUUGUUUAUGUCAAUCUGUUGAGUUUGCUGAAAGAAGAAGAAAUCCUUUGGGGCGAUAGCUAAUACCGAAACACAAUCGUCAGAGACUUUAACCGUGCACAGACCAGAACCGUCCUCGAGUAGCAAUAUGUGAAUUUGUUUGUUGUUUUUAACACCUACUUUAAUUGUAUAAUUUAUUUUUCUGGGGAUUUAUUUAGUCCUUAAUUAUCACGAAGCAGAAAAACUAAUGAAGUUUGACUACUGGAAGUAUGAUUUUACCGUUUUUAUGAGUAGAUUAUUUGUGAAACUUAAGUUUUUGUGACAAGAAGCAAGCAGACCAUCAUAUCUUCUUUUUUUUUGUCUUUGAGAACAUCUCCAUGAAUUAGCCUUCUACUUUUGCCACUUUAAAAAAAGUUGCAUCGACAGAUGGAAAGUAGUUAAAAACUAACGUCUGCAACUCUGCUGCCUAAUGAAAUUCUAGUGUACUUCCUAAAAUAAUAAGAUGUAUUGUCAUGCCUUUUUUAAAACAUUUGAGGCCUUGGGGGAAUAAUACCGGAUAUCACUUACUUUAGUGUUAAAGAAGGUGCAAGAAUGAACUCCUUUGGGUCAAACAUACCUUUUUAGUUCCUGGUAGGGUACAAAAGUUACUCUGAUGGUGUUGAAGAGCUGCUGGAACGGGGUAAACCUCUAUCAGAACAUCAAAACCGUGCCAUCCAGCUCUACUCAUUUCCCCUUUUGCUUUGACCUUGUUUAUAUCAGUAUGUGUGUGUGUGAGUGUGUGAGUUACUACUGAUGAAGACUUCACUUUUUUGAGCAGGAAAUGCAUCUUUCUGUUUAUAGACUUUGGAGCGUAGCACUAAAAAGUUCAUAAUAUUUGUCUAAUCCUUCCUGAGAAGACUUGAUCUGAAUUUAUUUAUUAGUUUGACUUGGUUCAGGGCUUACUGUAGCUGUUUUUAAGCUGGAAGGCGCUGCAUCUUGGCUAGCGACCUUGGUACUCAUUAACUGGUGUCGGGGCUGUCGGUUCUCUCUGCAAAUCACGUUACUGUAAUUGUAAUUUUAAUAUAUUGUUUAGACAUCUACGGAAUAUUCAAGAUUGUUUGUUUCACACAUAGAGAAGCACUUGUUUUUAGCAUGCAUAUAGUUGUCUAGGCUGCUAUUUCUUACUGUUUAUGUAUUUAAUGUAAAUAUAUAUUAUAUUUAUCAGAUGUUUUUGUUUUCCAUGUUACAAAAAACACGUGGGCGAGAGAGAGAGGGAGAGAGAGAGAGUCAGGUGUGUCUCUUAGCAUCUUCCCCAGGGAGUUAGCUUCCUUUAUGCCACCUUCAACACGCCGUUGGACUCCACCUCACUGCAAAUCAGAGCAUUUAAAAAUGUUCCUCCUGUUCGGCCACAGGAAACAGUGGUUCACAAGCACACUCUGAUACUGGCUACCUAUAGAAACGAGACAAUACAGCCAUUGUUAGCCCCCCCAAGUUCCAGGUAGUUCUCAAGGGAUCAUUGUGUAUCUCUCCUUGCUGAGGGGGAAAAUGCAUUUCGAGUCUCUUUGCACUUUUUCUGUAUUGAAUGAAGCUAAUGGAAUGUGAGAAAUGUUUUCAGCAAAGGGGGGUGUUACUAUUUUUCCCAAAUGCAAAAUUUGGCAAAACAUGCAUCAAGUUUCCACCUCAAAGUUAUACACAAAGCUUGAGAUGCAUCCAAAUAAGUAAGCUGGUUAUUGGAAUUGGCCUGAAUAAAAAAAAAAUAAAAGCCAACAUUUUGUCCUGGUCCAUAAACUUGCAAUUUCUAAGCACUGAUUUCCCAAAUUAAAAAUAGGAUUCUGUUAUAUUCUAAAAAUAAAAAUCAGCAUCAGCUGUACAAAAAUCGGUAUCGGCCCUCAUAACAAAAAUCAGUGCAUCUCCAAUCAAAACGCCUUUUAUGGUCAACAAAAUGAAUUCAGAUGUGAUUUCUCAGACUUGGCAAGAGUUUCCAUUAUUUUUACUCAAAGAGACGAAGUAAAAAGUGAGGAUUUCUUCACAACGACUAAAAACACUCCUGUGGUUCUCAUCACAGAGCACUGGAUCUGUUUCACACACUGUUCUUGACUAGUGCUGUUAAUUUGAAUCAGAGCACAAAGGAAUGUAGUUCUUUUUCUUCUUUUAAAGGAACACUUCUACAUGCUUGAAGCUGAUUCCCUGAUGUACGUGUGUGUGCGUGUGUACAGCGGUAGAAAAGUUUUCUCGUUAUCGUUGCUGUCUUUAUUUAUACCUCCAGAAUGGUCACCACAUGUGCCUUGCAGACACACAAACAGGUGUUGCAUCUGGAGAAACCCUUUUAGUUUCUAUCCUGUAUUUUGUUUUUGCCCUUGACUCCGAUGGUAAAGUUCACAUCAAACUGCUGAUAUGACAUAUUUUCAAUCAUCAUAAUGUAAAAAAAUUCAACUAAAAAUCAAAAAUAAUAGCAAUGUUUUAUGAUGAGGGUUUGAAAUUUAUGUGAAUAAAAUUGUUCCGGUUGUGUUUGAAGUUUUUGGCGUUUUUUAAGCCAAUCCCGGGGACUAACCAUUUGUUCCUUUUGUAUUUCUUUCUUUUUACGUCACUAUUUAAAUGUGAAACGCUGAGUUUUUGAUUGUCGACUUUUGAUCGAGGGCGAAUGUUCGCUUAACUCACACUCUGUACGAUCUUUUCAGUAAAAAAAAUACUGAAACUGGAAUUUUGUCAUUUGCAGGCUCCAACUGUGAAAAUGUUUAUAAUCACGACAAAUAUUUAUUACUGUGUUCUUGUGCAACAUUUGACGGAUUUAAUUUGGUUUGAGAAGAAAAAAAAAGCCUCUACAUGUUGAAAACUUUUUCAUAGAAUUUUUUAGAAGUGUCAUUCGAAUUUAAUAUACGUUUUUUAUCCAGAAAGGUAUAUUUUUUAGUACUGCUUCAGUGUUAGUGGUGUAGCGUUUAGAAGACAAUCCUCAUGAACAAUUGGCAUUGCUUAGAUGAUGAACAUUUUCAUUUUGAUCCAUACCUGUGCUUAUUUUGGGUCUUGGUUUGCGCUUUCGGAGUGUGCCUGUGUGAGUGUGCCGUGAAAAUGUGACAAUCUUGAUUUAGGAGAUUAUACAUAGAAUUAAACGAAAAAGAAAAAUCUUU